AUGCGUAGGCCUCUUCAAGAGCCCAAGACAGCGGCUGCAGCAGCAGCAGCAGCAAUGACGGCAGCAGCGGCGCAGCAGAAGCAGCUGCAGCAGCAGCAGCCUCGACGCAGGGGCCGGCCGCCCAAAAAGGCCGCAAAGUCAAUGCAGCAGCAGGAGGGGUCCUCCUCGGCUGAAGGAGCAGCAGCAGCAGCAGCAGCCCCAACAGAGGGACAAGCAGCAGCAGCAGCAGAAGCCAGCAGCAGCCGAAGCAACAGUGAAGGAGAGGAUGCAGCAGAGAGGCCGCAGCCGCGGGCCCUCCGCAGAACGCCAGCAAGGGAAAAGACAGCAGCAGCGCUGCAGCAGCAGCAGCUGCAGCAGCAGCAGCAGCAGCAGGAGCGGCAGCAGCAGGAUGUGAAUGGCCAGCCCGAAAAGGAACCCAGCUCUGGCGCAGAAAAGCCACACGCUGCUGCUGCUGCUGCUUCUCCUGCGGCUCCCCGCCGCUCACUCCGGGUGCAGCAGCUAUGUGAAGCAGCCAGCAGCAGCAGCAGCAGCAGCGGCAGCAGCAGCAGCAGCAACGGCAACAGCAACAGCAGCCUCAACAGCGGGGGCCCUAGUGAGCGUCGGCCAUCUUGUGGAGCUGCAGCAGCGACGGAUGAAGCAGCACAGCCAACUGCUGCAGCAGCAAAAGAAGCCGCAGCGGAAGCAGCAGCAGCAACGGACGCAGCGGCAGAGGAAGCAACAGCAGCAGCAGCAGCAGCAGCAGAGACACCUGCUGCUGAUGAGUCAGAGGAUGAUGGAGCCCCGCAGAGGGGCCCGAGGCGCUCCUCCCGCCUCUCCGCAAUCCCCAGCAGCAGCAGCAGCAGCAGCAACCUCGGGGCCCCUGCUGCAAGGGCCUCCCCUCGAGGCAGCAAGCCUGCUGCUGCUGCUGUUGCUGCUGCUCCCGCUGCGUCUGAGAAGCGCCGGGGGGCCCCCAGCGCCGUUGAGGGGCCCCCAGCCCGGCGGCGCAGAGACGAAGCAGCAGCAGCAGCAGCAGAAGGGGGAGUCAAGAAGGAAGCAGCAGCAGCAACAGCAGCAGCAGCAGCAGGGGAAAGGGGCAAGCCUUUCAACGCGGACUUUGGGGGAGUCCCCUGCUGCAGCUUGCUGGAGGUGAGUGCAGCAGCAGCAGCAGCAGCAAGUGGCUGCUGCCUCAUUUCGAAGCAGCAGCAAGACGCAGAGGCGCGCAGGUGGAGGCGAGCCAUACGCACCCUCAUGCGUCAGCAGCAGCAGCAGCAGCAGCAGAAGCAGCAGCAGCAGCAGCAGCAGCUGCCGCGGGUGUACUGCCCCCACAUGCCUGAAGCCAGCGAAGGCGGUGCUGCUGCUGCUGCUUUAUAUUUCGACAUUUUGAGGUUGUUGAAAUCACUGAUGACAGACACCCCCUCCGCCUGGGGGCCCCCCUAG